AAUCUCUGUGUGACACUUUCACUUUUCAACCCAUUGUCAAUGUUUUUGGGACAUCUUGCAAAGUAUUUACUGGGUGGGACAGGUUGAACCACACACUGAACACAUCAUCUCAGGACAUAACCUGUUUUCUUGCUCUGACAAAGACAUCUGGUUCUUCAAGGAAAUAAUAAAGUACACUAUUAUUAUACUUGUCACGUGUGCUUUAAGGUAGAAGGGGGCCAUUAUAAAAAUAAAUAAAUACGUAUCAAAAUAUCCCAUGUAUGUAUUUAAGGAAUGUUCACAACAUACUGAUCUCCAUCAACAGACAAUUAAAUGGUAAAAUGAUUUGUCUUUUAAACAUUUGCAGGAUAUCUUAUGUUUGAAGUCAACAUGGGAAAAAGAGUUAGAGCUCAGCUUUUCUGAAGAGCUCUGGUCUGAGGCUCUUGUUAAUAUUUAAUUUUACUUCUGCUUGUGCCCGGUUAAGUCUGAUUAAGUUAAAAGUUUUGCACCGCACCCACUUUACCAAAGCUAGACUUCAUAAAUUGUUCUCAGAAACAGAUGACUCUUGUAUCAGAUGUCCUUUUCUCCAGCUGACCAUGUUCAUACAUUCUCUUAAUUCAGUGCGGUUAAAUGUGGGGUUAAGGAAAAACAAAUGUGACCAAUCACGGAAAGUAGGGACACAAGUCGGUUCUGGGGCAUUUUGAGUUAUUCACAGAUUCUGAAAGUGUAGUCUCCAAGCUUUCCAACGAUGUGUAACACAUGAAGAGUUUGGUUCCAAAACGCGAUAAACGCCAAUUUUGAAAAAAACGAGUUACCGCCAAAACAAGCUCCCCAUUGACUCUCUAUUCAAAGUUCGAUAAUCAGUUUUUAACAAAACGCGAUAUCCGCCGUGUUUCGCUGCCAUGUUUCUUCCCUUUUUUCUCAAACAGAGACAAACACCAGUCCUGUUUUUCCGCAAAGCCCUACAGUUCCAUUCGACCAAUCACCGCGCACCAUUCCAUGACGCAAACUGUCAUGGCGGCACCCUGUCAGUAGACGCCGGUAAACACUCGCCUCAGACUUUUAAGUUUUUAUAUAGGCUACUAAAAUGAAUAACUUUGAUGGUAUUGAGGAGCCAGUGGUCGUGUCGUCUGUGGGAAAGAAGCGGAAGCCGUCAAAAGACAACCACGAAAGGGAAGUCAGAAAGAGAGUCAGAAACUCAGGCGGUGGCAAAAUACCGGUGAUUGCUUGUUCUCACAGUGAAUCAAAAAACUUUUGUCAUGCCGACAAACUGACAGCUGAUGAUCUUGUAAAAAACUUCGACACUCUCUACUGUCAUACCACGAAGGCCGAACAAGACCAAGCAAUUUUACGCCUGAUAACAGUAAAACGGGUACAGCGAAGACGUCCCAAGGUGGCAAUUGAAGAUGCACAGAAGGAGAGGGAGGUCACGAACGAGUACUACUUGCUCUCCAAGGAUCAUCCCACGAAGGUUCCUGUCUGCAAGGCAACUUUCUGUGCAGCGCUGGGUAUUGGCAAAGAUAGAGUAGCUCGAGUGGCAAGAUAUUAUGCAGAGAAUGCUGAGGCCAGACCAGAACGUAGGGGUGGUGCUCGCAAAGUUACAGAAAAUAAAGAAAAGAAGAAACUUGUGAUGGAUCACAUUCAAACAUUCACUUGUAGGGCAAGCCACUAUGGCAGAAGAGGAGCACCUGGGCGGUUUGGUUUAAUGGUUUAAUAUAAGUGAUGUUGUUCAAGUUUUGGGGUUUGUCAUAUGUAUAGACAACCUUUCCUUGUUAUUUAUUGUUAUGUCUUUGCUCAAUUUCAUACAGAAAGUGAGUUUUUUGUUGAUGAAAUGGAUUUGUA